AAAGACCACCGCCCCUCUCUCUCUCUCUCUCUCGCCUCGGCCUGUAAAUAAACUCCUUCCUCCGGAAAAAACGCUCCAUAGGACCAUAGGAAGUUAGGAACAAACAAGCAAGAAACCGAAGCAACAGCAGCAGUAGAUCUAUAGGGAGAAUGGCACUGGAGUGGGUUGUGCUGGGCUACGCGGCGGGUGCCGAGGCCAUCAUGGUUCUCCUGCUUACCAUCCCGGGGCUGGAUGGGAUCCGUAAGGGGCUCAUCGCCGUCACUCGUAAUCUUCUGAAGCCGCUGCUGUCGGUGGUUCCGUUCUGCCUCUUCCUGCUCAUGGACAUAUACUGGAAGUACGAGACCAGACCCCAGUGCGAGUCUCCUGACUCCUGCAGCCCCUCCGAGCACCUCCGCCACCAGAAGUCCAUCAUCAAGAGCCAGCGCAACGCCCUACUCAUCGCCGCCGCUCUCAUCUUCUACUGGAUCCUCUAUUCCGUCACCGGUCUCGUCGUCAGGAUCGAGCAGCUUAACCAGCGCCUUAAGGCCCGCCGGGACUGAUUCGUCGAGAUAAGUCUAUCGGAUCUAUCUUUCGCAUUUUUAUUGCACGUUUUAUACGUUGGAUCAUGUAAACUCUAGUAUGCCUUUUUUUUCCUUUUUGUUUACGGGAUAUUGAAUCCGAGGAUUAUUGAGUUAGUUAAUGAUAAUUGUGGUUUUUGAUUUGGAAAA